UUUGAGUAGGUAGUAUAAAACAAACCGCUUACCGAGUAGCAUUGAUUACCAUUAAUCAUAAACCAAGUAUACAAGAUAAUCAGCAAAAAUGUCAACCUUACGACUGGCUCUUCAAUUCAUUCUGCUUGGCCUCGUACUAGUUUCGGGAAAGUUUCGCUAUUACAGAAAGUUUAGAUACUCCCCGGAGCUGAUAAGCGAGUUGAAAGACUUUGAAAAACUGAUACCCACUGUCACCAUCGACGAAUUAGUCGCCGAGCACAUGAUUACGGACUCGGGUUUUCGCAAAGCCAUCAAGUUUUUGCGCAGCUCCGAUUUCAAGACGUUGCAGCGCCGCACUGAGUCUCUGCCAGAAGUUGUGGAUCUGAUUAAUUUUGUGCACCUGAAUGAUACGGUCCAAAGAAAAAAGCACCAUGACAAUUACAACAGAUUACGGAGGUCAGUUGGAAACGAUAUCGGAGAGGAGAUUAUUUUGGUGCUACUUGACCCGAUCUACGAGACCAAACAGUUGAGUUCUUUUACCAGCUUUGUGCAGGAACUACUCACACAUCUGCCCCGAGAUCGAUUUGUGGCUUUGAUCAAUGAAAAGCGACAGAAAAGUGAUAUAUUUGCUGAAUUCUAUACGGCAUUGAAAAGUGCUGAGUUCAAGACAAAAUCUGAAGCAGCUUGGAACACCUCCAAUGUCCAAAGCGUGGUUCGAGAGCUCUCAGGUCAUUCCAUCAAUGCGCAGGAACUGAAAACAAUUGGCUAUGAAGUCAUCUCCUGGGGUCCAACAUCGCAGGGCCACACCAGACUGGCCAAUCUCUCAGCCGCCACGCAAAAGGCCUCAUCUGGAAUGGUGGUGAAACCAGCCAGCAUCACGCCACAACUUAAACCCGCCACCAAAGGUGGCAGCUUUGAACCCGAGAUGAAGAUGCAGCGACCCUUGAACAGGAAGAUAUUGGCCGAGAAGAAGACCCUCUUCAAGCGGUUGCAGACUAUAACUCCGGCCAGAGCCACUGCAGCCAGGCACUGGAAGUCCACAUCCACGAUGCACUGGCGGGCACGGUACAACUUCAGUUGCUUCUUGGCCUUCUGGGCCUCGAAGUCCUUGCAAAGGAUUAGGGCAUGGGAACCAUACUGCUGCAGCACGGCCAGGCAGCUGCUCAUUGUUGGUGCCCACAUCCAGCAUAACGGCCAAACAGUGAUCCGGAUGAAGGCCGCCAAAGACCACGCUGUUGUGGAUAUUGGAGAACAGCACAGGCAUCUCAUCCACACCCAGGUCACCCAGACUGAGAACCGAAGCCCCAUUGCUCACCAGCAGGCAGCGAACCAGUCUAUAAGGCCAGUUGGCCAGGAUCUGGGGAAUGUGGCCCAGAUCCUUGAUGCAGAUGAACAGACCCUGGCCCACGGAGUGCAGCAUCCUGUGGAUCUUGAGCACCUCCAUGUUACCAGAGGCAUCCGUCAGUGGCACAUAGCGUUCAGGAUUGGUGAGCAGGAGGUAGUAGAACAACCUCCUAUUCCUGCGCGACAAGCCGUCACCUGUUCAUCCAUGGUGCGCACUGCCACCGGGAGUAGUCCAUGGAUGGACAGCACUCGCCUUUCACCAUUUAGCUUGGAGGCCGACAGCCGGGUGUCCGUCCUCCAGAAGGUGUUCAGGUGGCGGGGAAGGGAGUCGAUCUUCUGGGACCGCUCAAAAUCGCUCACGCACUUCAGCUUGUUUUCCGCCUCCUUUUUCUGCUCCGCCUUCUCCUUGCUCGUCCUGGGCGACUUAACCAACGAGUCCUUGGGCAUCCUGCCUUUUUCGGGAUGUGAGAUGUGUCGGGAUAUAUCGCUGGGACAAAACGAUUGUCACAGUCUCGAAUGGUCUCCAAAGUCUCCACAGAUCGGCGGACCAAAAAGUGGCGUGGGAAGAGGCGGCCAGAAGUUCAGAAUCGGUGCAGGAGAUCACAUCGCCGGAAUGAAUCGCGGUCACCUGGUACUUUUAUUGGUUUGUGCCGCUGGCAUUUCCCUGGCAAUGGGUUUUCCACAGAAAGAAUUGAUAAGACCGGAUAGUGACGAGUCGGAUGUGAGUGGCAUUGGCUUCGUGACCCUGGAUGGAACCGCCAGCGAUGAAAGUGACGAAAGUGACCAGGGCAAUGAGUCCGAUGACUUGAUAUUCCUGAGUCGCAAGAAGCCGACUCCUGCCAAUAAUUCCCUCGAUCUGAGCGCCUUUGUGGCCCUGAUUCCCCUGCAAGAAGUCCAGUCCAUAGCUGCGCAGUAUUAUCACCACGAUGCGGAAUUCCAAAGGGCGUAUGCCUUCCUUGCCAGCAGCGACUUCGCGGACAUCAAGCGCAAGAUCCUUCAGCUGCCGGAAGUCCUGGAGUUUACCAACUAUCUGGGUGCCCAUGGUUUGGAUGUUGUCAAGGUGAUGCAUGCGGUGGCGGGGGUGUUCAAACCCUCCAUUCUGGGCUCGACUGACGUCAACGAAGCAUCUAAAGCCGCAACCACCGAGGAUGGCAGCUCCGCCGACGGGGAGAAGCAGAGUGGCCUGCAUGGAAUGGUGGAGAGGGUCCUGGAGAUCCUGCCACAGGACCAACUGUAUGCCCUAUUUUUCGACGAGUUCGAGAGCAACAAACAGUUCGCAGCAUUUGUCGACAGCAUUAGCAGUCCAAAGUUUGCCAAAAUUCUGAGCGGUUUGCAGAACUCAUUGCCGCUGCGAAAUUUCCUAUUUGUCCUGCACAACAACAGCAUUUACGUGGAGCGGAUUGUGGAGUCUGUGAAAUCGUAUUUAUCCAUCUCCAGCUUUUAAUUUGCUUAAGUCUUGGGGAUUUUUAAAAGCUCGCCGGCAUGUUAAAUGUGGCAGUUGAACUGGGCAGCAGUGUGGGAGAGUACACAAACUUACAGAUUUAUCAAUAUAAAAUAAAAUACUUAAAUUACUUAGGUCCGAUUUCUCAAAGUCAGGUAAAAGUUUUCGUUUGUUAACUAACAGGAAGUUAAAAUUAACGACAAAUGAAAAAUUCCCUCAAUUGUUUACAAAGGCUGCUAUCACAGAUAACUUAAAUAAUCAUUGGUAAAAUCGGUCCGACAAAAAUGUAACUUAAUGAUAAAAGUUGACAUGACAUUGAGACAAUUGUACUAGUUAAUUACCCAACUUCAACAGCAACCUUUAAAAGUUUUUCCAAAAACGUAUCGUAUCUAUUAACCCAACUUAUAUAUUUGUAACUUGGUAACUUUCAUAUCUCUGUGUCCUGUUUAACCGCCACUUCUUGCCUACCCCGAGCAUAUGAGAAUGGGCCCCCAUUUAGUGUGUAAUAAACGGAAAUCCUUUAAA